CCCCUCCAUUUGGUUAUGAUUUGGUUACUUCCUCCUUCCCCUGGAAACGCUGCUAGAACAGCUUUUUUUAAGAUCGCUUCUAGACCUGCAACCCCGCUCCAUGUGAUCCUGUGUGCGGCGCUGCUGGCCUCGGCGCUGGCCUCCCCGCUGCCGCAGGAGGACGUGGUCGAAGCCGUCCCGCUGGAGGCGGAGUUCGACGAGGCUCAGCUGGGCAGCGUCAUCAUCCGGCCGCCUCGCGUCGAGAAGGUCACGCACGUCACGUCCAAUCACCAGUACCAGAAGCUCUAUCCCAAGAACGGCAAAUACAAGUUCGGCUUUGAUGACGACAAUCAGUUCCGGGUGGAGGAGCGACUCGGAAACGGCCAUCUUCGGGGCAUUUAUGGAUACAAGAACGAAGACGGGUCCAUCACAGCCUUCAUGUACACGUACGACGGCGAGCGGUACAAGCAGGUACCAUACACGGUGGAGGACAUUCCUGAUGACCUACGGAUCGCCCCCGAAGCUCAAGGACCGCCGCGAUUCGUCCGAGGGAACCCGGAGAUUAUCGAUGCGGAGUAGCCGGCGGUCGCCUACUGCAGCAGCGCCAUCCUGUGCAUAUUUCCGGAGGCAAGAUUAAUCACAGCUGCAAAUUUUUAGUGCUUUUAAAAUUGGACCAAAUACACGAACCGAUCGGCGGUAGUCAA